CCGUGAAAUCAGGUUUCGAAUUCGCCAACUGGUGAAUGGUUAGACUUGUAUAUUCCGUGUAGCUUCAAGCUGCUACAAUGUAAUCACUUCCCUUCAGGAGAUCAGCGUGCUGCAUUGACUAAAUAUUAAUAGAUUUUGCAGAACGGCAACAAGGCUUACGAAAAUGUGCAAACGCAAAAGUUUCAAAAACCAAUAAACAGCCGUGAACGAAAUCUAAAUUUGCCUUACGAAUCACACUUAGAAGGAAUUUGGUCGACGUUGAAGCGAAAGAUUACUCUGAGGCCUCACAUGACGUUGACGAUUAAAUUUGAUCCAACGUGACUAUCCAUUCAAAGUUUAAUGGGCCUCAAUCGUUAAAUUGUUUCACGAGGGCCGGUAUUUCUGUAAAACAUUUAGUCGCUCUCAAUACUUUAGUUAAAAUUGAUUACAAUUUCAUAUAGUCAAGGUUCAGUUGGUACAUAGCUCACAAUUGACAUUCUACAGUAGAUUUUUUGAAUCUAUGGUUUUAGUGGUCAUUUAGUUAGAAAUUUUGCACGAUUUUUAGUCAAAUUUGUGCUCAAAAAUACAAUCGUUUUGGAAGAUAAAUUGAAAGUCGAAAUAUGGCUAACGAAUAACGCUCUAAAUGAUUUUAGGCUCAACUGUAAUUAAGUCAAUAAUAGCUGCAAUAAUACACAGCUGAAUCAUCUUUUAAUUACAUCAUAGUUUGACAAUUGCUUCCAUUUACAAAAUUAAUGCGACUGCAGAAAAGUUGGAUUUUCCAGUACAGUGGUGGUCUGUAGAAUUUCCAACAUGAACAAUCCGAUUGAGCAAUGCAAUGCAUUCCAGCAAAAAUAUAUUCGCAUAAGAAUUUCAGCACUUCAAUGCUGCCUUUGAGCAGGAAAACAAAGCAUGACCGGUCCCGAAAUGGUCCUCUUAUCUUCCAAAGCAUUUAAAAACAGCUGAAGACUGCUGCUUCCUCCUACAACUAUCGUACAGUGUCUCUCCCGCUGUGGCUUUUUUUCCUAUUUCGGCAGCUUCGAGCUCUCACCCGGUAGAGAUCUCAGUGGAUACGAAUUCUUAUGAGAUUACGUACUUGAGUCGUUGUGCAACAGCACACCACGGUUUCAAAGAUCAAAUACUUGGGAGAGAGGAAAAGAUUCAACUCCCUGCUGUUUUCCUUCUACCACCCCCCGGAGCCGGGUGGAAACAGAAGUGACGAACAGAGAGCAUAAAACUGAAUCAAAACUCGGUCUUGCUCUAGUCCGGACGAGAUUCCUUUGCUGGUUUUCAAUGCAUCGGUGCUCUAGGGGGACGAGAUCGACCGAUAUGUUUCAUGUGAGAGCCAACCCUCGUCACGGGAGUCGUGGUGGGUCGAGCGAGACAAACAGUUUUCCACACUGACUGGCUCAUUGAACAGUAAGGUGAGUUUUUCAUCGCUCAUGGGUCUACUGGCGGUAUUUCGCGUCGACAGUUCGCAGUGUGUGCGAAGAAGAGGUACCGACACUAUCACGGUCGUAACCGCGCUCGUGGCAUACGCGGAUUCUACGAAAAUCUCGAUUUUUUCCGCGUUUGGCAGUAAAAUAACUGAAAUUCGAAAUUCAAACUGUCCGUCAGUAAUUAAAUGUGACCAUUAUUUUUGUGCUUUUUUAUCAAUACCGAAACCAUUACGUUUGUUCAAGAGACUAUUUGAAAAAAAAAAUCGAAUUUUACCAAGAUCAAAUAUUCACUUGGAGCUGCUCAUGUCAAUGCUUGAACACCGCGCGCCUUUCACGUUGAUCUUGAGCACACUCGCGGGAGAGCGCGAAGAAUCCGCGAGUGAGUGAGAGGCCAGAAACCAAGACGAAAGACAACAAGAGCCAGUUGAUAGUAGAACGGGACGACGAUAGUGCGCAAUACAGAUAGCUUCAGGGCUUUAUUGUAUAUAAAAUAUAAAAUAAACACACAAGGAAUAUCAUUUUUCCUCUUGUAUUGCUUGUUAUAUGCGAAACUUUUGUAUUGUGUCAUAAACGAACUACUUGUCAUAACGUAAACAACUUCGGACUUCUACGAUCGAAUUUUUAUUAUUAUAAUAUUAAUAACAGUAAAAAUAAAAAUCCAAGAGAAGGAAAAUUCAAAUAAUAACUAUAAAAAUAAAACAGUAAUAAAAAUCAACAUUAGUUCAAAAGAUAAAAAAUGAAUAAAAUUAUUUGAUGGAGAAUCCGAGGAGCUUCGCUAAAAACAACAAACACUAAAAACCAACGACCGAUGUUUUGUUUUUCGCGGUGACUUUCAACCCAACGUGUGCCGGUGUCGCAGAUCAAAUCUCGAGAAAGUAAAAGCCGCCAGUUGAACUGGCCAGAGGCCGACGUACGGCGCGAUAAGUGAUAAAUGAUCGUUCUUGAUCUGUCACGUUGUGUGCUAGAGUGCUGAAGAUAACGUUGUUUUUAGUGCUACUGGGUAAUUAGCGCCUGCAAAAGUGGCGAGUGAAAAUAAACAACGGGCAGCAUAAGAUUGAAAACAUAGUUCAACUAGUUAGUGAUUUGAGAUUGUGAUCAGCGAUAAUCGUAGAAAAUAUAUUUGCCUGUGGCUAGUGAUAGUAAAGAAAUACUGGAAAUGGCUUACCAACGGUGGUAGAACGGUGUAUACUGAGUUCACGCGUUUGCUCAAAUGUCUAGUUGAGUAGACAAAAUUUAAAACAGUGGCAUUAAACAGUAAAUGUCACAGACCCCAAACUCCGAAGGUAGCCCAUUAACGACAGGUAGUGAAGGGAGUCCAAACUCGCCACCAACUAGCAAAAUGUAUCCAUUCGUGUCAAAUCACCCAACGACGCACUCCAGCUAUUCAACGAUGCCAGGCUUUUCCGGACUCGACGACAAAUCGUGCAGUAGUAGAUAUACAGAGAGUGUGAUGAACAGCUAUCCACCGAUGGGAGUGCCAGGAAGUGCGAGUAUCGCACAGUUCUACCAGCAAGCGGCCGCUGUUUCGGCAGCAUCAGCCGGCGUCGGUGUGGACUCGCUCGGUUCUGCUUGUUCGCAACUAUCGUCAUCCGUCGGAGCGGGUCAAUCCGGUCUCCCCGACAUCAGCCGCCAUCCCUGGCUAGUAACCGCAUCCCAGUCCGCGUUACAGAAAUUUGCCAGUACAGAUUGGAUGAGUAAUCCCUUCGACCGAGUAGUGUGCGGCGAUUUCUCAGGUCCGAACGGAUGUCCCCGUCGACGAGGUCGCCAGACUUACACCCGCUUCCAGACGCUGGAGCUGGAGAAAGAGUUUCACUUCAACCAUUAUUUGACCCGCCGAAGAAGAAUCGAAAUCGCACAUGCCCUGUGCCUAACUGAACGACAGAUAAAAAUUUGGUUCCAAAAUCGUCGGAUGAAGCUGAAGAAGGAGCUUCGGGCUGUGAAGGAAAUCAAUGAACAGGCACGACGCGAGCGCGAGGAACAGGACAAAAUGAAGAAUGAAUCUUUAAAAUCCGCCCAGCAGCACCACAGUCAGAAGCAGCAGGAACAGACAAUCGUCGGUUCCCAACAGUCCAGCGGGGGUGGUAGUGCGAGCCUAGGCAGCCAUCUACACCAUCCGUCGAUAGUGGCCCAAAAUGAUCUGAAGCUGGGUCUCGGUAGCAUGGGUGUCGGCGUCGGAGGGAAUCUCAGUAUGAUGGGAGGUCUGGAUAAUAAAACGAAUCAGGAUAUACUAAAAGCAGUGAUGCAACAUAACAAAAGCGCAAACCUGAGUACUAGAGACAUCGUCGGUUCAAUUUAACCGAGAACGUAAAUAAGCCACAACACAAAACACACCGACAUACGUAAUGCACACAAAAAUUCUGAAAUGUAGAAGUACUCAACAUAAGGAAGGGAAAGAGAAGUUGAAACGGCAAAUAUUGCUUGGAAGACGACCCGAAACCUAAUCGUGAUCUAAGGUUUAUCUGUGACUGAGAGUGAACCGCAGCUAUGGGAAAUGCAGCAACCACAGCUUCUGAUAUGCAUAUGCUACUGAGUGGAUGGAGAAUGCGUCUAAGAUAGAAAAAAAAUCUAAUUUCUAAGAUAAAAAAAUCAGAAAAAGUAAAAGUAAUAACAAAUAUACGUACUAGUGCUAAGAAUCAUUUUUUUCUACAAAACCUAAACAUGAUUUGUAAUCAUAUUUGAAAAACUAUACACUUACAAUGAACGUGACUAGUUGAUGCGAUCAAUAUAAGCGGGCAAACCCAAACUCCUCGAUUCGAUGUUAUCGUAUUUUGUCUCGUUCAAAGUGGGAGUGCUAAACAAAACAAAAAACUGUGUUAGGUAUCAUUUAGUUAUGUAAAGUGGACGUACUCAUUAACUAUAGCGUUUCGUUCUAUAAGGAUUCGAUGUAAAGGUACAAUUCUACAGUCGAGUGUGCAGUUCUUCAAUUCUUGCCGACUGCACCAGUACUGGGCAAAAUACGUAAUUAAAUAAAAUUAUACAUAACUAAUCAAAUUAAAGGAAAAAAAACAACAAAAACAGUAAUCGAAAAUCUGUCCAGUGGUUAGAAUUAAUAAUAGAAUAAAAGAGUUUCUACGGUAAACAAUAAUCAGGAUAACUUCGCCAUCUUUCACAAGUGUCGGACUGAUCCUUAGACGUUUUAUUUCCUUUUGUUGACUUUCGCUUGUGUAAAUUUGUUACUAUUUUAUAUUAACAGAACUAUGAUCAUAAGUUUAGUUAGCAUGAUGACGAAAUCAUUAAAUAAAUUUCUUAUUUGUAAUGCAAAUGUUUCGUUUUUAAUUAUUUCAGAUUUUAUAACGAUUUGAGGAACAAGUUAAUCAGUAAAAUAUGUUGUCUUCCAGUCGACUAUACGAUUUCGAAUCGCCUUCACCAAUUCGAGCAGUGACAAUCGCCCAGCUCGUUGCACUUGAAGCGCAUGUUGACCAGUUUCUUUCGCAUAUCAUCUGACCCGAUUUUCGUUUGCCCUUGAUGCAGCUCGUACUCAUAUAAAGUCACUAAUUUUUUUUAAUUUUAUAGUUCCUCAAAUCAAUUAACUCGAUUUAAUUUGUUAAUAUAUUUCUCGUUUCCUACAGAAUUAACGAGAUAAUGUUCGUUCGAUGAAUCGUAAUCUAUACCAUUACCUCCAGCCAUGCGAGAAAAAAAAGCGAAACGGUUUAAUUUAUUGCAUAAAAAAACUAAGUUUCCUCAUAUUUUCCCAAGGAACCUGUACAUAAUGCUUGGAUAUUGUCACAAUAAAACCAGAAAUUGAAAUACGUAAAAAUAGUCAGGGUAGAAUAGGCAGCAUAUAUAAAGAAGCUCAUUCCAUCGUCUGAAAAUAGUUCGCAUGACUUUUGGAAACCUUGCCAUAGAAUGAAAAACUCAAUGUUUUGAUCUCAGAAAAAUUGAAAAAAAAAACAAUAUUAAAUCAAAAGUUUGGACAUUCGUUAAACUAGCUCUCGAAAGCAAAACGUAAAACAAUGCUGUAAUAAGCUGUACCGUAUAAUACGUAAUAACUGGUGAAUAAAUUGAUGCAUUUUAAAAGCUAGUACUUCUUUGAAACGUUGUAAAUUAUAACAAUUACUAAUGAUAUUAAUUUAAUAGAACCUAUAACAAUACAAACUCUAUGCCCCCGUACAUGUUAAUGUGGAAAGUGAAAGGAGCUGCAAAGAAGCAUACAAUUAACGGGCCAUAGCUGGAUGUGGACGGAACGGGUAAUUGGCCGUUAUGCCCUGCGCUACUAUUAAAAGGCAGUAUUUAUUAUGAGGUCAAAACCGAUAAAGAACAAAAGGUGUAUUGCAUUUAAAAUGUGUGUAAACAUAUGGAAAUGACGUAAUUAAUACUUAAUUCAGCGACCGCAAUUCAAGAAGCAGAGUAAAAAUAAUUUUACAAAAAUAAGGCAAUAUGAAUAUAGAUCGGCAGUUUGAACUUUUGACCGGCUGAGAAAUCGAAUAUUAAGCACUAUAUUUAUUUAUUGCUCUUGCAGAACGAUUGAGGCAAACAAAAACCUACAAUUUAAUUAUGCGGAUUGUCCGUGAAUGAGCAAAAUGACAUAUUGAUAUGAAUUAUGGAAAUAAUAAAAAAGUGAAUAAACCUUAA